AUGAUUCUGACCCGUGAAUACAGCAUCUUCCAAAUCCCCUGGCAGCGUAUCAUCAAUGCGACCGAGACGCUCGCUGUAUCGCACGAAACACUGGCCAACAAAAUCGAAGAGGAUGUCGAGCGACCAUUGAGAGAGUUCCAUACCAAGAAUCGGGAUAUGCAGUCGAUGCCUGGGAUCCAGAGCAAUCUGGCGGGGCUGGCCAAGAAUGUGGAGACUGCUCAGAAGAAGGUUGAUAAGGCUAAGUCGAAGGGUGCAAAGGGCGCGGACAAGCUAGCUGCUGAGAUCGCCAAUGCGGAAGAGGUCUCUCAACAAUGGGAAUCCCGAGCACCCUUCGUUUUCGAACAACUCCAGGCUGCCGACGAGACCCGACUGAACCACCUCCGAGAUGUGCUGACACAGCUGGAAACACAUGAGGUGGAUCAGGUCGAGCGUGGUCGCCAGGCCGCUGAAACUUGCCUGAAUAUUCUCCUCAACGUGGAAACAGCAGAUGAGAUCAAGACCUUCGCUGCCAAAAUGGCAGGAAACCGGGUCCCUCCCUCGCCAGCUGUUUCCCGGAGACACACAGAGCGCACGGGAACACCUACUGCGCCCGAAUCUGGGCCUGAACGUGCACUGACAGCUCCUCUUGAGCAAAUUGCUACCCCCACAGAGGCGCCUCUUUCGCCUCCAGCUCGCGUCCAGGAUGAUACUGCGAGCCAGUAUUCAGAGCCAUCCGAGAGAGCUGCUGCACCAACACCACCAGCACCGGAAGCACAGCCACGGCACACCCCUCUUGGAGGCCUACGACGACUCGGGACAGUCAUGAACCGCCGGAAGAGCGUCGUCGGACCUUCAGCGGGCACCUUUGACAGAAAGGCCGAAAAGAAGCGUAGUCCUUUCGCUGCUUUCAAGCGGGCCGACUCAUCUCGUGAUUUGCAAAUACCCGAAUCUCCUCCUGGGACCGCCUCUGGCCGCCCAGAUACAUCUUCCGCCGAUCAUUCGUCUUUGCGGAACCCCAGUGUAUCGCAAGAUCAUCCUGCCUUGGAUCCUGCAGCUCCCAUUUCUGAAACGCGUACCGAAGCUGCCACAAACGGAGCCACACCCGAAACUCAGUCUGGAUUCCUUGACAAUCCUGUCAAUCAACCGCAAGUUGACUCUGAGGGAUUCACUGAGCGUCCAUCAACUAUCGAUGAAAUCACACGCGCUCAGAAUGAGGCAUCCGGGAUUGAUGAGUCGGCCCUGAACCUGACGAUUCGGGACCAACCCAUCUUUGAGGACGAGAGUCAGGCGAAGCAGGCCAUGGAUGACAUGGCGAACACUUUACGAAUGCGCGCCCAGGCGACAGGAAUCCGACGAAAUGCAGGCACUAUUCGCGGUCGCCGUGAUGUUCGUAACACGGUCUUUAUUCCUUCGCCUGGCAAUGAGCUUCCACCAAGCUCAGCGGGUUCCGAAUCCCAGCCACCCACAUCGCCAAUCAGACAUGUGGCUUCCCCGAGUAUCGCGCCCAGUGUUGCAACAGAUGAUCACGCCAUGUCGGACACCACGUCUGUUCGCUCUGGGCACGGUAACGCCGGUCCCGGACCUUCGGUUCAUCCUGAUCUCCAUGAGUCGGGGCUAAAUGCCUCGAUUAUUGAAACUGUCAAUGCGUGGUUCUCAGAAGGCAGUGUCACCAAGUCCUUCGUUGUGGGCGAGCUUGCUCUGGCGAAUAAUCCCACGCCCGGUUCGGUAGCAGAUCACACACGCAUCCGCCUUGAUAACUUCCAGGUCCUGGAGAAGGUGGCCGCCAACCCUCACUUUGUCCAAGAAGCUGCCAAGGAUCCCACGGACGAAAAGCGUGGGGAGUACGAUGUCCAGCUGGGUAGCAUUUCCCGUCCCAUGCCAACAGUCGCUUUCAAAUACCAACUCCACCUCGAUCCAACGAACCCUUCUGCGUACUGUCCUGUUAUAUUCAACCCGGUCUGGAACCUGGAAGAACUUCAGGCCAGUGCAAUUAUCUACUACUCGCUCAACCCGGCAUUUAUCGCCCAUCCAGUCGAGUCCAUCUCCCUCAAGAACCUGGUCUUGACCAUCAACUUGGACACUGCUGCCGAAGACGAAGUCACUAAGCAGCCACGGGCAUCUGUCUCCCACGCCACCAGCGCUGCCAUGUACCCUAACACAGGUGCUGUGUUCCGCCGAAAGACCUCCACUGUUACCUGGAGAAUCCCCGAGCUGGAAGUCAAGGCCACAACUGCCCCGGGUGCGGAGGGUAAGUUCCUUGUCCGCUUCUCGACGUCGACCCCUGGCCCUCGCAAGGGUAAUGUGGAGGCCAAGUUCGAGCUUCGCACCGCUGAGUCCGCGUCCCAACUUGGUAUCAGUUACGCCGCAUCAGGAGAGCAGGAGGCCGAUCCCUUUGCUGAUGAAGAUCGUGAGGCUCAGCCCUCGGUCUCCUGGCUGGGUGUCCCGACAGCUCGCAGGUUGGUUGGCGGGAAGUAUGUUUCUUCCUAG